ACCGUGGGAGGGACGGCUCCGCAGCCUCUCUAAUGCUGGGUGUCACGGAACCGUGCCACCAUUCGGGACCCAGAGUGUCACAAGCAAAGGACAUUGUCACCCAAGUCUGGCAGAGAGAGCCGGAAUACCCCUCCACGUGCACCCUGCUGAGGGAGAAGAUGAGAUAAGGUUAUUCAAAUGGAGGCCAGUUCCACCAGCCUCAAGAAGAUCAAGUUUGGGAAGCUGAAGGUGGUACGUCGACGCUUGCUGCAGAGAUAUGAGCACCAGCCCUUCAUCUCCUGCCUGGCUGGUUUCUACAGCUGCCGAUGGAAGCGAUACCAGCGCAGAAGGACCGAGCCUGGAAAAUGCUGCUGCAAGACGAGGGAAUGUGUGUUUUUCCCACUGCUUGUUGGAGCUUUCUGCUUCUCUCUGGUCUUCCUGUAUAUGUGGGGUGAAGCAAAAAAUGACUACAAUAACUUUGACUGGUAUAACUAUGGGAACCUAGGCUUCUGGUUCCUCUGGUCUCUGGUUCUCCUGAUAGUGGCUGCAAUCCUGUUCAUGUACAUCACGCUGCUUUUGGUCCUAGCAAUGUGUUUGCUCGCAGAAGGCCAGCAGCUGUACCUGCACUGGAGUCACAAGAUUGGGACUUUUCUUGUCCUGGGUUUCUCUAUCACAGCCAUCUUCAUAUUGUCUGUACUCUGGGGAGAUCAAUGGAAAACAGUCCGCCUGUCAUUCCAGAUCACAGCCCCCUAUCUCCACAUAGGAGCAAUAACCAUCAUGGUCCUUCUCUCCUGGCCCAUGGCUUUGCAUGCCAUCAGAGCAGAUAAGAAAGUUGUUCAGGUGAUAAUUGUUGGUCCAUACCUGGCUAUCCUUCUCUUUCUUUUCUUGAUACCUCUGGGGAUGUACUCUCCUUGCAUCAGAGAGGUGGGGACACUCGGACCAAAGCCAGCCCUCAUUGGACACCGAGGAGCACCAAUGCUAGCCCCAGAAAACACUGAGAUGUCAUUUCAGAAGACAAUUGAACAUGGUGCAGAUGGUCUUGAAACAGAUGUCACCAUUAGCUACGAUGGUGUUCCUUUUCUCAUGCACGACAGCACCUUGAGCAGAACAACCAACAUCAAGGAGGUUUAUCCCAAUGACACCGCUCAAAAUGCAGCAUUGUUCUCCUGGGAUGCCCUGAAGGAGUUGAAUGCUGGAGAAUGGUUCCUAAAGGACAAACCUUUUUCAUGCAUGGGCUCCCUGUCAAGGGCAGAUCGAAACCAGGCAAUGAAUCAGUCAGUUUACAAGCUAAGUAAUUUCUUACGCCUCGCAGACAGUCAGAAUAAACUUGUGAUAUUUGAUCUCUACCGUCCUCCAGAGAAACAUCCUUACAGGAAUUCAUGGAUCAACAGAACCCUGGAAGUCAUCCUCAAUGAGUCGGGGAUCAGACCUCACCUGGUCCUGUGGCUGGAGAAUGACAUGAGGUCCUUUGUUCAGUCUGUUGCUCCUGGCUUCCAACAGACCGUGGGCAGUAAGGCCCCGGUUGAAGAUCUGUUGAUGGAUAAUAUUGUCAAACUCAACCUGGCCUACACCGAAAUGUCCAGUGAAGAUAUUCGGAAAUAUGCUGAGGCAAACAUCACCACCAAUUUGUAUGUGAUCAAUGAGCCCUGGCUCUUCUCCCUGGCCUGGUGCUCUGGGGCACACUCUGUGACCACGAAUGCUGUCCACACGCUGAAGAACCUCAACCAACCACUCUUCCUCAUGACACCACGGCAGUACAACAUCAUGUGGAUCCUGACAGACCUGGCCUCAGUGCUUCUCAUCUCGCUCAUCUUUGCUCUGCACUGGUGGCGAGAGCGGAGCUUCUCCUGCUGUGCCCAUGAAGGUGACCCAAUGCUGGAGAGUGGCACUUACAACAAGUUCAGGACAGAGCUUAGCAACAUGCCAACCGUCAUGGCCUGAUGUGGCCAGGAAGGAUGCAGAGCUGCCAUCUCACUGAGAUCCAGAGAUUGGAGCAUCCCUCGAUGACUCUUCCUGCAGUGCAAAUCCAGCCUGCCAAGAGGGGCUAAUUGGCUUCUGACAAGAAGGAGUCAUUUGCCAUCAUGGUCCUGAUGGAGAUGAACACUGAGUUCUCCCUCUGCUUUCCUCAUCAUCUCAUCCCUGGCAAGGAUACCAAGGGUGAAGGGGAGCACACACGGGGUUUCAGCUGUGAGCUGGGCACCACAAUGAGAUGGUUAAACAUCCCUAGAAUUACCCAUGUAGUAGCCACUGUUUCCUUUUGAGACAUUUGGCAUCUCAAAGGGUAAUCAUCCUCAGCACCCUCUGGUCCUGCUUGUCCUUGUCUGCCCUUGUUUCCCCAGUCCCCAUAGUCCCCUCCUCCUCACAGGUCUUCUCCAGCCCAAGAGCACACCAGCCCCAUCAUGGUGGUCAAGUGCUGCUGGAUGGCUCAGCAGGGUCUGUAACUUAGGUUUUUCUUUUCCUUCCUCUAGUCCCUCCCUUAGUCCAAACAGGACAGCUUCCUCACUCUGAUUUUCAGUGAGGGAGUAUUCCCCAUGAAUGCAAAAGGAGUUUUGGUGCCUUGGCCAAGUAACUACCAGGACUACAAACAAGAUCACAACACUUUUCUUUGUUUCGAUGCAUGUGAACUGGUUCCUCCAAAUGUACAGUUUUCUUUUCCCUCGUGGAAGAUCUUCAUACCAACUCUGCAUCCUGGGAUUUAUUUCAGUUUUCAUUUCUCCCAGUGGCUUUUGGCACACGGGGAGGGAAAACAGUACUCUGCUCUGCAAAGGAGAGCUGAGCAUUUCCCAGGUUUAAGCCAUAAAUUUCUACUUGAACAGUUAAUACUUUUAAACAAUUAUUACUAUUUUGUAAAUUGCAAGUGCAACUUUAAAUACAUUUACAUACUCCUAUCCUGUUUUGUUCUUAUUCCAGCAAAGGAAACGGGAAGAACAUCAUAGUAAUCUUUACCAAAAUCAGACCACAGGCGUCUUCUCAUAUAUAAGCCUCAUUCAGCAGAAUGUUUUUGCUAAGUAAACCUAUAUCACAACUGAAGUGUGAAAGGGAAGUGCUACGUUUCAAACUUAACACUGCUGAGAAGGGCUGAACCUUUCAAAGUUCGAUAUUUUCAAGCAUUUUGGAGGCUAGAAAUGCAAAAAGACACUAGCUUCCUCAGAAGAGAGCUAAAGGAUUGCUGUAGAGCAGCUCUGGAUCUAUAGAGCAUACAGAGGAUGCUAAUGAUGGUGUUAAAUCCCUUCCUUGUACUCUGCACCCAUCUCUGGUUCACAGCAUUUGUGGGUACUGCCCAUGUGCAGAAAAAUGAGAGCUGAAAGUGUUUGGACUGGAUGAAGGUGUUUUUCAUGGUGUCCUCCAGGUAAGGGAUGUGGUUGGGACAGGCUGUGGUCCUGUGUGUCCCAGGCUGACACAGAACAGCUGUCCUGAGCUCUGUUGUGUCUCAGCUACUAUUUUUCUUGCUUCCCAGCUAUCAGGUCCUGUUAACACUAUUAAGCGUGUGGCUGGUGGUCUGAAUUCUGCACAAAAACUUCUCAUGCAAUCAUAGAGUCAUUAUGGUUGGAAAAGAACUCUAAGAUCACCAAGCCCAAGCCCAACCCAUGCCCACUAUGUUGCUCAGUGCCAUUUCUCCAUAAACAUCUCCAAGGAUGGUGACUCUACCACCAAUGGGUUUUGCCCAUAAAGAGAAGAUUUCACUUAUCACAUAGUCAUGCAACCAUAAACGUUGGAAAAGACCUCAAGUCCAAUCGUCAGCCUAUCACUACUGUGCUCAUUAAUUGAUGUCCUUAAGCACCAACACACAGAUGAUGUGCUCCCCAUCACUGGACAUUCUUACCGGGAGUCCCACUACAUAAAGAGAAGUCCUCUCCCUAAUGAAGUAGAGCCCUGAUCUCACUCUUCCACCCCUGAAGAUACCACAACUGCAGAGUGCAGAACAGCCUCCCACAGGUCAUUUUAUGCCUUUUAAAAUUAUUUUACUUGGACAUAUGUUUUUGCAUGUUACAUUGCUCGUUGUGAAUACAAAGAGGCCAGCAGAUGCUAAUACAUAUGACACACAGGCACACACACACAGAGUCCCAACACCCCCAAAAUGAUAGGGUAUAUGGGAGGCCAACAGAGCUGUGAAUGAGGGGAUAAGGGAGUUUUGUGGGGCAAAGCUCCCCAGGACAGCACUGAAAAACAUUUCUACGAUGUGCACUGAGCUUGUUGGGAGAGGCAAGGAUGGCUGGAAACUCAAGAAACUUGUGAUGGUGGUGGUAAGGAUGAUGGAAGCUUGACUAGGAGUGGGUGGGACCCCUGGGUCAGCCAGAUCAUGGCAGCAAGGGAGGGAGGCGCAUUGGAGAUGUUUGCUGGGGAGACAGCAAGGCUCCCAGUGCAGGCUUAGCUGGUAUUGCCAUGAUCCCAUCAGAAAGUGCCAUAGGCAGGGAGAGGGUGGAGGAAGGAGAUUUUGUGGCAGGUCUGUCCAGUCGGUGAAUAUCUUUGCACAGCAUUGUGUUUGCUUUGGUGGAGAAACCAUGGUCCAGUGUCACUGCUGCAUCCCAGCCACAUGCUGUUGUCCUUGUGGUUCAACAAGCAGUGCCAUGGUGUUGAGGAACUGAGCCCAGCUGAGCUCCAGCAACAUAUGGUACCACACAGUAUUGACUUCUAUGAGUGCAGCUGAGCUCAGCCCAAUGCACAGGACCAAGAGAGUUCUCCCACAUCUACUGGGAGCCACUCAGCAUUAAUAACAA